GACAGUUCGGAUGGGAAGAGCCAGUCUGUGGAGCAAACCUGUAGGAUCGCCAGCUCCAGUGCCAGCUUCUCAGCAACCUGCACCACAGCCAAGGGAUCGCUCUCUGCAUUGGCACCGUAGAUGCUCACGGGGGAUUCCUUCAUUCAUCGACUUUGUUCAGCAGCUAGUGGGAUUUGGACAAUAAAGCCAGGGGCAGAAGUUGUUGAUGGGCUAGGGGACUUCCUUGGUGACGUUAAGUGAGAACGGGCAAAGGAAUCAGCCCCCGGGAUACCAAGAGGAGUGGGAAGAAAAGGAAAAUUAUUUAACUGCAAGCCGAACCAACGGCCCGAGGUGUGUUUGUGGAGCCUGUCCGUGGCGCUGGACGUGAUGCCGGGCAACCUAAAUCCCCUUGGCUUGUAAUUUCUAUAGCCAAACAGAUGCACUUUCAGCAUUGACUGCGCUACCUCAGAGCCAGAAGGCAACUGAUCGCCCCACAUCUCUGCCCUCUCCUACCUCCUGCUACCUUGGCUUGGGGAUCUCCAUCAGCUCCGUCUGCUUGUCUUUCUGGACCAUAGUGUCUGCCUUCUGUCCUCCUAACCCGUCCCCUUCCUUUAAAAUCCCAAAUAACCAAAGACAAUGGUUCACUGUGCUGGAUGCGAAAGGCCCAUUCUGGAUCGUUUCUUGUUGAAUGUGCUGGACAGGGCUUGGCAUGUGAAAUGCGUGCAGUGCUGCGAGUGUAAGUGCAAUCUGACCGAGAAAUGCUUCUCCAGGGAGGGCAAGCUCUACUGCAAAAACGACUUCUUCAGGCGCUUUGGUACCAAGUGUGCGGGCUGUGCCCAGGGGAUCUCCCCCAGUGACCUAGUCAGGAGGGCAAGGAGCAAAGUGUUUCACUUGAACUGUUUCACCUGUAUGAUGUGUAACAAACAGCUCUCCACUGGAGAGGAACUUUAUAUCAUCGAUGAGAAUAAGUUUGUCUGCAAAGAAGAUUACUUAAACAACAACAACAACAACAACAACGCUGCCAAAGAAAACAGCUUUAUCUCAGUAACAGGCAGUGACCCCAGUUUAUCUCCUGAAUCUCAAGACCCGCUGCAAGAUGACGCUAAAGACUCUGAAAGUGCCAAUAUCUCUGAUAAGGAGGCUGGGGUUAAUGAAAACGACGACCAAAACCUUGGGGCGAAAAGAAGGGGACCUAGGACCACUAUCAAAGCCAAACAGCUGGAGACCCUGAAAGCAGCUUUUGCAGCUACACCAAAACCGACCCGGCACAUAAGGGAGCAGCUGGCACAGGAGACUGGUCUCAACAUGCGAGUCAUCCAGGUCUGGUUCCAGAACCGACGAUCCAAAGAGAGAAGAAUGAAACAGCUGAGCGCUCUGGGGGCCCGCAGACACGCCUUCUUCCGCAGCCCCCGAAGGAUGAGGCCGCUGGUGGACAGGUUAGAGCCGGGGGAACUCAUCCCCAAUGGACCCUUCUCCUUCUAUGGAGAUUAUCAGAGUGAGUAUUAUGGCCCUGGCAGCAACUAUGACUUUUUCCCACAAGGACCCCCAUCAUCUCAAGCUCAGACUCCUGUAGAUUUGCCAUUUGUUCCUUCUUCUGGGCCUGCAGGAACUCCACUUGGUGCAAUGGAUCACCCAAUCCCUGGACACCACCCAUCUAGUGACGCUCAGAGGUUUACUGACAUAAUGUCCCACCCACCAGGAGACUCUCCAAGCCCAGAGCCCAAUCUACCAGGUUCCAUGCACUCUAUGUCUGCAGAAGUGUUUGGUCAAAGUCCCCCCUUUUCUUCUCUAUCGGUCAAUGGAGCAGCAGGUUAUGGCAACCAUUUGUCACACCCGCCAGAAAUGAACGAAACUGCAGUGUGGUAGCCUAAGUUGGACAAAAACAGAAACAAAAAAUCAGAAAGGACUGGGUGCAAUGGGCUACCAUGUCAACGUUUCCUAUGAAAAUAACGUGGUGUACAGAACUGGUAAAUAAAAUUAUAUUCUGUCCUAAAGGUGUGUACAGUUUUGGAUGGAAAAAAAAUAAUUUGCAAGAAUAUGCCAUAAUAUGGAUUCAAAGAAAAAAAUAUUUUCUAAGAUGACAGAAAAAUCAAACUGGUGACGCUGUAAAGUAGAGUUUUGUCAUGCUAGGGGAUGGAAAAGAAUAGCCUGGUAGGUGGUACACAGGACACAAUAUAAAUCUGCUUUCAUUGUACACACAGUACACCUAAGUGCAAGUGAUAAUCUUGAAGGACUCCAUAGGAAAAAAAAUACCUUAUCAAGAAUUGCCUAGAAUGUUGAGUCUGUCUAGAAUGUUGAGCUUUCUCUUCCUUGGAGAAAUGUACUGUAGCCAGACUGUUUUAGCUUCAGACACGCACCUGUAUAUUCAGGUGCGACACAACAUUUGCCAAAAUAACAAAAUACAACAAUGUAAACCCCUCAGCAUCAACUAUUCUACCUUCACAAAGCUACUCACACGAAAAAAUAAAAUCCUCAUUAUGAAGGUCUGUUGGAAGACCUGGAAGGAGACUUGAAACAAAAAAUAGAUUCUACCUUCACUAACAAUGAAAUAAAAUGACUAUGGAACUAUAAGCAGUCAACUGUUUACGUCUGACGUCAAAUUCAGGAGCCUAAUGUUUUAGUAAUAAUCCUGUUUUAGAAACCUCUUUGUUCAAAAAAAAAAAAAAAA